UUUGGAACUAGAUUUAUUCCGUGUUCUUGGAAUCAGAAAGGAGGGGUGUUAUCUCUUGAAAGUGUUCUUUCCUUCCUUGUAGAAAUUUACUUUGGUUUCGCAGAACUUUGAGCGCAAAAUAGAAAUCGCGGGUGGAUAGUCGGGAAUAAACUGCCCAAUUUGUUUGGUUUUUCCUGUUGUUCUUGCGCUCAAGUGAUCUGUUGGCGACGUUUUCUCUGUCCGCGAUUACACACAUAGCGUCAAAUGGAUAGGCAAUCACAAAACAACAGAGAUUGGGUGAUAGGAAAGGUCACAAUGGGCGGAGGAGGAAAAAAUGAGCGUGUUACAAUUCCCAUCUCUCUGGGGGGGUUGCCUGCCGGUAUUAUAAAGGGCAUCCGUUAGAGGUCCUCCCCUCUUGUCGUUAGUGACUAUCUAGCCUCAUUUCCGCCCCCGCCCAACUUUUCUAACGACCGCCAAAAGUUGUUUCCCCUAUGGCCGACGACGCGGGUCUUACUCACCGGCGUUCCGGCGAGAACGUUCAAGUUACUACCGAAAGUAAAGUCGCCGACGAACCUGUCACCAAGCCACGAGAUGAUCCUAGUAAGCACGAUCCCACCUACGUUCCUAACGAGAAGGGCGGGAUUGAAAGUGGCAACAUCGAGUUCGAUGAAGAGGAUCCGGAUGAUGCCAUCGCCAAAGCCAUCAACUCUGUGGUACCGCAAACAGACAACCCAGAAGACCCUGUUACCUCUUUCCGCGCUGUGCUGCUUGGCACAUUCUUUGGUCUGUUGCUCUGUAUCGCCAACAACAUCAUGGCUUUCCGGCCAGUAGCCGUUAUCAUUCCUCCCACCAUUGCCACGCUCUUGUCCUACCCCAUGGGUUUAUUCCUGGCUCGCACGCUCCCCACCACCAAAUACAAGCUGUUUGGCCGUUACGAUUUCACUUUUAACCCUGGUCCCUUCAACAUGAAGGAGCACGUCAUCAUCACCAUGAUUGCCAGUGCCGCCGGCGGUGGUACAAGCGGUAUCCCGUAUGGAAUGGACAACGUCGUCUCUCAAAAAUGGAUCGCGAGGCAGCCGGUUAAAUACAUCGACGCAUUCGCCUGGGUAGUCUGCACGCAGAUGAUGGGUUUCGGGUUCGCUGGUCUGCUCCGUCGUUUUAUCGUGUGGCCACGAGAGAUGAUAUGGCCCGGAAAUUUUGCCCAGCUCGCUCUGUUCGCCAGUUACCACAAGAAAGAUGACGAGCUCCUCAAAAACACCAGCGCCGCCUCAAAGUACAAGCUGUCCCGUUACACCUUCUUCUGGAUAGUCGCUGCCUGCGUCUUUGCCUACCAGUGGCUCCCGCUCUACAUGUUCACCGCCCUACAAUCGGUUAGUUUACUCUGCUUCUUCAGCAAGAAUAUGUUGGUAAAGCAGUUGGGAUCGGCCAACCGAGGAUUGGGUUUCUUGACUUUCACCUUUGACUGGGAAUACAUCACCAGUACCUGGUUGACUACUCCUUUCUGGGUCGCUGCUACAAUGGUUUUGUCACAAGUAUUCUGGAACUGGAUUGUCACUCCUGCGGUGCACUUCUCCGGUAUCCUCACCGGAUCACGACAAAAUGUUGUUCCUUUUGGCGCCUUACCCGGGGAAUUCGAAGCCAUCAACAGCUCUGGAAUGUUUGACAAGGACGGCCAGCUUAUUCCAAAGUCGAAACUUUACAACCCCGAUUUCACGACCAACCAGACCUUUGUCGAAGCUCAUGGUCCAUUCCGUAUUACACCGUACUUUUACAUGGGCUACGUGAUGAGCUUCUUCAACCUCAGCGCUGUUCUGGUCCAUAUUUGGCUGUGGUACGGUCCUCAAAUAAAGCGCCAACUUCGCCAAAUGAUCAAAAGCGAAGGCCGCGAGGGCAACGAUCUCCAUAACCGUCUUAUGCGCUCAUACCCUGAGGUCCCGGAGUUGGUGUACGUCGGCAUUGCGGUCCUGUUCUUUGUCGGUAUGCUCUGUGUCGGACAGUUCACUGUGUUUGACAUGCCUUGGUGGUCCGUGAUCCUGGCCACCUUUAUCACCAUGAUCUUCAUUGUCCCUAUCGGAAUCGUGCAAUCGGUAACUGGCAUCCAGAUCGGAUUGAACGUUGUCACCGAGUUCAUCAUCGGUCUUAUUCUCCCGGGCCACACCAUCACUGUGAUGUGCUUCAAAUCAUUCGGCUACAACAUCAUGAUCCAAGCUAUGCAACUGACGAGCGACUUGAAGCUGGGUCACUACCUUCACAUCCCACCAUGGCACAUGCUGUUCACUCAGCUGUACGGCACUUUACUGCAGGGCGUCUUCGCCACGUUGAUGAGUUUGUGGAUUAUCGACAACUGGGGUCCGGACGGAAGCGACCGCCUUGGAAAGGGUGAUUGGGCUGCGCAAAGUUACAAGCUUUUCUUCAAUGCGGGAGCCAUUUGGGGUGUCAUCGGUCCCAAGGACUUCUUCAGCGGCGCUUACUCUGGCAUCUACUGGGCUUUCCUAGCUGGCGCCAUCUGCCCCGUUCUGCCGUGGCUCGGUAACAAGUAUUACCCAUCCCGCUGGUGGAUUUUCAUGAACUUCCCCAUCUUCUCUGCCUCCUACGGAAGUUGGGGAGCCGGUCUGCCUUCCAACUUCGUGUGGACGACCUUCAUUGUCUCCUUUACAUUCCAAUUCUAUCUGUACCGGCGCAAGUAUGACUGGUGGGCAAAGUACAACUACGUUUUCGGCGCAGCGGCGGACGUUGGUAUGACUGUCGCUCUUAUCAUUAUUGCCUUCUUCUCUGCGUCUGUUGCAUUCCCGAUUUGGAAGGGUAACCCAGACCUCAAUGCUGGCUACGACAAUGACUGGUAUUGUACGGAUACCACGGAGUACGGUCAAACUCCACAGGAAAUUAUCAACCCGUAAAGGAGGAACUUUACCCCACUGCUUUUUCGGGCGCCGGGCGGGCCCGUUUAGUCUCGAGUCUAGCAUUUUCCUCCAUUUAAUGACCUUGUCGUCUCUAUGAAGUAGUGUAGCUCAAUGUGCCUCAAAGUGUAUAUAGCGGCUUGCGUCGUGCAAUAUAAUUGAUUGCCUCACCC